AUGGCUCGUGGUACCACUAACAAUCGUCCACCACCAGCGAAUACUUCCUCUGGUUCAUCUUCCUUCAUGGAGGAUUCUUCCAGUCCUUAUUUCUUACAAAAUGGAGAUCAUUCUGGCCUGGUUUUGGUCUCCCAUACUCUCACUGGUUCCAAUUUCAGUUCCUGGAAGCGUGCUAUGAUUCUUGCCUUCACAGCGAAGAACAAACUUGUGUUUGUUGAUGGUUCUAUCCCUCGUCCUUCUCCCAAUGAUCUGUUGAUUUCUUCAUGGACUCGUUGCAAUUCCAUGGUCAUAUCCUGGAUUUUGAACUCCGUAACUAAGGAGAUUGCCGAUAGCCUCCUUUAUUUUUCUACUGGUUAUGAGGUUUGGACUGAUCUGCAGACACGUUUUUCUCAGGCGAAUGGUCCACGUAUUUUUCAACUCAAACAACGAAUUUCCUCUUUAUCUCAAGGCGCCCUUGAUGUUAAUGCCUAUUAUACGAAGUUGAAAUCUCUGUGGGAUGAGUUACAGGAUCACCUACCUCUUCCUUCUUGCACUUGUGGUGCUCUUCAUGAGAUUCGCACCGGCAGGGAGCAGGACCAUAUUUUACAAUUUCUUAUUGGCCUCAAUGACUCAUAUUCCUCUGUCCGGGCAUAG